AUGAAUACCCCUAAAUCGCAAUUUUAUUAAGCAAGUUCAACAGGGCGGUUUCAAUUUAAAUUUAAGCCAAGUGUUGAAAUAGGAGGAUUUCCUAGUUUGACACCUUGUCAUUCAGAUAAAAGCGCAUCAAAAUUAGAUUGGUUUGGUGGUCCAUCUGAUCUGCUAGGUAAUCCAUACUUUAUUCUGCAAUUAGAAAAAUAAAAAAAGCAUUGUACCUCAAAAGAAAGCUUGCAUCACGAAGAUUUGUCAAUUGGAAAACGAACCUUUAUUUAAGCAAAUAAAGAAACAGAUGGAUUGGUUAGCUUAGAAGAUAUAAUGCAAAGAAAAUCUCGAGUGCCUACAUUAUAAAAGAAAAGAAAUCUGUAAGACUUCUUAUUUAAUCUAAGCAUCCCCCUUCACUAUUUAGGAGAUAAGAAUUAUCCUUAUCCAGAAAUAGAUUCAAAUUUUUAUAAAUAAAAUGAUGGGCUAGUCGCAGGAUCAAAUAUCAAAUCUCGGAUUCGACAUCCUUACAAAGUAUCAAAAAAGUUUCAUGGUUGAGUAUUAAUAAGAUCAUAUUUCAUCUACUCGAAAAA